AUGGGGAAGGCGGUGGUCGUCCUGGCCGUGCUGCUGCUGCUACUGGCCUCCGUCGCCACGUUUCUCGGCGUCUUCUUCGGCGUCAGUCACAGAUCCUCCUCCGGCGACACGGUCUUCUUCAAGGCAGCUGUGGCCGCGGACGCCGGGAGGUGCUCCGAGGUCGGCAGGGACAUCCUAAAGAAGGGGGGGUCGGCGGUGGACGGGACCAUUGCGGCUCUUCUGUGCGUGGGUCUGGUCAACGCCCACAGCAUGGGCAUCGGGGGAGGCCUGUUCCUCACCAUCUACAACUCUCAGACUGGUAAAGUGGAGAUCAUCAACGCCCGAGAGGUGGCUCCUCGGAACGCGACGGAAAACAUGUUUGGGAACAGCACAGACCUGUCACAGAGAGGUGGGUUGUCCGUAGCCGUACCAGGGGAGAUCAGGGGAUACCAGGUGGCUCACCAGCGCCACGGUCGUCUGCCCUGGCGGGACCUGUUCCAGCCCAGUAUAGAGCUGGCAGAGGCAGGUUUCCCUCUGGGUCGCGCUCUGGCCUCAGCUCUGAAAAGUCACAGAAAAACAAUCAUUGCUGAUCUGGCGUUAUGUGAAGUGUUUUGUGGACCAGACGGAGACGUUCUCAAAGAAAACCAAACCAUCAAAUUCCCGCAGCUCGCCAAAACCUACAAGACCAUUGCAGAGGACGGACCAGAUGUGUUCUAUACAGGAGAGCUGGCACGCAAGCUGGUGUCAGACAUCCAGAGGGCAGGUGGGAUCAUCACGGAGGAGGACCUGAAGGACUAUGUGGCGCUGGUGGAGGAGCCUCUGAGGGUCCCUGUGGGAGACUUUUCCAUGGCGGUCCCCAACGCACCGGCCAGCGGCCCUGUGCUCUCCCUCAUACUCAACAUCCUAAACGGGUAUAAUCUCAGCGCUGACAGUGUUUCUGGUCUGGAGCAGAGGACUCUCACGUACCAUCGUGUCGUGGAGGCGUUCAAGUUUGCGUACGCCAAACGGACGUUACUCGGAGACCCUCGGUACCUGAACAUCUCACAGGUGAUUCUCAACAUGACGUCCCUUUGGUUCGCGGACGAGUUGCGCAGUAAGAUCACGGACGACACCACUCACCCCAUACAGUACUACGAGCCCGAGUUCUACCUCCCUGAGACCCACGGGACGGCCCACAUCUCUGUGGUCUCUGAGGACGGGAGCGCUGUGGCCGCGACCAGCACCAUCAACCAGUUUCUGGGGUCGAAGGUCAUGUCUCGCUCGACUGGGAUCCUCCUGAACAACGAGAUGGACGACUUCAGCUCUCCUCUGAUCACCAACGGCUUCGGGGUCCCACCAUCUCCCAACAACUUCAUCAGGCCAGGCAAAAGGCCGAUGUCCUCCAUGUGUCCCACCAUCCUCCUCGACCACAACAACAAAGUGAAGAUGGUGGUUGGAGGAUCAGGAGGAACUAAGAUCACCACCUCCAUCGCUCAGGUGAUCCUCAACGCUCUGUUCUUUGGUCUUGAUGUGAAGAGGUCAGUAGAGGAUCGUCGGCUUCAUAACCAGCUGAGCCCCAACACCACCGUGGCCGAGCCGGGCUUCGACCAGAACAUCCUGACAGGUCUGGAGGUGAAGAACCACCCAACGGAACUGCUGAAGGCGAGUGGAGCAGUGGUGCAGGCCGUGGUGCAGUAUCAGGAUGGGCUCCACGCUCAGUCUGACUCCAGGAAGUGGAGCUAUGCAGCCGGAUACUGA